AUGGACCCGGAUAACUUGUCAGCAAAUUGGAAGAAACUUCAAGCCACUCUAAGCACGAAGACAAGUAGCAACUCCACGAAAUUGUCAAACCAUGGCGUGAAACGCAAACGGGUAGUCGUGAGGCAUACCGCGCCCAAGAACGCAGCAGAAUUCGCGGAAUCUAGGAAGAGACCACGUAUCCGCGGGACUAUGGCUACAGGUGGCGGCGUAUCUACGAAAACACUGUCUAUCCAAGAACUAGAGCAGUCUGACAACGCUCCUCGUCCACGGUUUCUUGCCAACUCAUCAUCGCAGGCCAAUGCUGGGUUGUCUCCCGAGGUGGAAAUCGGCAGGUACGUUGCUCUAGAUUGCGAGAUGGUCGGCGUUGGGCCGAAUCCAGACAGAGAAUCGGCACUUGCUCGUGUCAGCGUUGUCAAUUACAAUGGCGACCAAGUCUACGACUCUUACGUUCUUCCCCUUGAACCCGUCACAGACUACCGAACGCAUAUCAGUGGCAUAUCACACAUUCACAUGAAAAUUGCACGAGAGUUCAAAGAGGUCCAAGUGGAGGUGGCAAGGAUUCUGAAGGAUAAAGUUAUUGUUGGCCACGCCAUACGGCAUGAUCUGGCAGCCCUGAUGAUCAGCCACCCUCAACGAGAUAUUCGGGAUACAGCUCGCCAUCCACCAUAUCGCAAAAUAGCUGGAGGUGGAUCGCCGCGACUAAAAAUUCUGGCGUCAGAAUUGCUAGGUUUUGAGAUACAGCAGGGCGAACAUUCAAGUGUGGAGGAUGCCCGGGCGUGCAUGCUACUUUUUCGAAAGGACAAAUCGGCUUUCGAGCGAGAACAUGCCAAGCGAUGGCCAGCACCGCCUCCCGAAAGACAUCAGGACGUGGAAGGCGAGAAGAAACCUCAUUCUCAAGAAGCCCCUACUGAGAGGACCGUAGGGGUCGUCGCAAAGGACGCCGAUCGAUAUCUCCCGCAGCCUUGCAAAACGCAGACUGGACCCACGUAUACCGUGGUGGAUGAAGAUAUUGAGAUUGCCGAAGACGACGACGACGACGACCCUCCCGAGCCAGUCAAGGUCCUCGAGGAGUUAUCCACCUUUGAAGAGGUCAUUGUUUGGGGCCAUGAUGCUGUGCCAACAAAUGAAGAUACCUUUGUGAAGGGGAUCGAAGAAUGGAUCGCUUUUGCCGAGGCGAUCCACGGAAGAUAA